CAUUUUUGUAUUCAUAGUCCUUUCACGUUCUUCGAAUCUCAGCGAAGAAGAACCCUAAUUUGAUCUUCAGAGCUCCACCCAUUGGCUGCGAUGCUAGCUCGGAGGUGUCUCAGUGCUCUUCGCAUCCGACAUCUAGCUACGUCAGGGCAAGGCUUGCAGGGCUUUCAUGGUUCUGGGCUGCAGUCUCGGGCUAUGUCGUAUGGCACCAAUAAAGAUGAUGAAGAAAGGGAGCAACUUGCUAGGGAGAUCUCCAAGGACUGGAGUUCUGUGUUUGAGCGGAGUAUAAACACCCUGUUUCUCACUGAAAUGGUCCGGGGUUUGUCGCUGACUCUCAAAUACUUCUUUGAAAAAAAAGUUACUAUCAAUUAUCCAUUUGAGAAGGGGCCACUGAGCCCUCGCUUCCGUGGUGAACAUGCUCUUCGAAGAUACCCAACUGGUGAAGAACGCUGCAUUGCUUGUAAACUCUGUGAAGCUAUAUGCCCAGCUCAAGCAAUCACGAUAGAGGCGGAGGAGCGUGAAGAUGGAAGCCGUAGAACCACCAGAUAUGAUAUCGACAUGACGAAGUGCAUCUACUGCGGGUUCUGCCAAGAGGCUUGCCCGGUUGAUGCAAUCGUAGAAGGACCCAACUUUGAAUUCGCAACCGAGACACACGAGGAACUUCUGUAUGACAAAGAGAAGCUUCUCGAGAACGGAGAUCGAUGGGAGACAGAGAUCGCGGAGAAUCUGAGGUCGGAGAGCCUUUACCGCUGAUCAUAACUACUCGUCGCCAGUCUUUGCCAUCUAAUAAGUUUCAUUUCUUCUGCUAGAAAUAAAGAUGAGAUUUUUUAUAUAAGGUGCAGAGACCAUAUGCUUUGAGAACUCUCGUUUGUGUUCUCUCUCUGCAUUUUCUUUGAGUGUUGAUUGAAUCCUUGUGUCAUUCUAUAUUCAAGCUUUGUGCUGUAUAAUCAAAUUUCUUGAACCUACUUCAUGAUUUUUCCCUUUUGGGAGGAA